CCCGUCAUGCACCGCACAGUUGUGUAAAAAAUGGCUGAAUUUGACUUCGGCGAUAGUGAGCUCUUUCAACAACUAGAUGACUCUGCACCACUGCUCCCCACUCACAUUCGCUUCUCAAAUGACGAUGAGGAGGACAAGGAGGAGACGCAGCUUAGGAGCAGGCUGGAGGAGAGCGAUGAUUACAUUCAGAGACUCAUCGAGGAGAAUAAAGGUUUAAAAAGGAAGCUGAACAUCCUGACGCAACCCAGCGGCAUCACUGUUGAAAAUGUCAAGGUUGAUGGGCCACUCCUUCAGAUUCUGUAUACAAACAACAUCAUUUCAAAGCAGUGUCGUCAAGAAAUUGAAGAUAGCAUCCGAAGUGUGAUCUUGAAGCAUCAGAAAUUGGCCCAUGACGAGAAAAGAACCUCCUUUCACAUGAAGCCUCAGCCCUCGGCUUUGGCAUUGGAGGAAGAUUUACAGAAGUCAACUUCCAGUGGUGUGAGAACUACAACAGAAGCCUUUAAAGUGGUUGGAAGCGUCUUCUAUUUCACUACCUUCACUGUUGAUAAACUUGGACAGCCUCUGAUCAAUGAAAACCCCCAGCUGACAGAUGGAUGGGAUGUACCAAUCUAUCAACAGGUUUUUAACCAAGUCAUUGGAACAGAUGGACUGGAGAUUGAAAUGAAAGACAAAAGAUCCAAGUCUUUGUGUUUCAACUGUGGUUCCAGUAGUCAUCAGUUGAGAGACUGCCCCAAGCCUAAGGACAUGGCUGCAAUUAAUGAAAGAAGAAAGGAGUUUAAUCAAAACAGCAACCAGACAUUACAGAGUAACCAGCGAUAUCAUGCUGAUGAAGUGGAGGAACGAUUUGCUAAAUACAAGCCAGGAGUCAUGAGUGAGGAGCUGUUGACAGCACUGGGAGUCGAUGGCAGUACUCUCCCUCCUUUGAUUUAUCGAAUGAGGCAGCUAGGCUACCCACCGGGUUGGCUCAAAGAGGCUGAGAUGGAAAACUCUGGCUUAACGCUGUAUGAUGGAAAUGCUUCAAAUGAUGGUAAUUCAACAGACAAUAGCAGAUCGCAAAACAUUUCUUAUGAUGUUUCCAAACUGGUAGACUUCCCAGGCUUCAAUGUACCUGCACCACAUAAAAUGAAAGAUGAGUUCAGGGAGUAUGGUUCCAUUCCAAUGCAGAGCAACCACAUGAAGCAAAACUAUGCAGUGUAUCUGUCCAACAACUUUUCUACGACUGGUGCAACCUGCAACAAGAGACGGCACGAAUUAAGCUUUUCUCCACAACCAAGAAAGAGGACACGUCUCAGUCCUGACCGUAACUCGGAAAGAAGCUCGGAUAUGGAUAUUGAAUCUGAUCCAGGAACACCUUACCAAAACUAUGGUCCUACUGACUUCCAGUUCCAACCACCCCUGCCUCCUGGGUCUCCUUGCUUUAGUUCACCUCCUCCGUUACCUAGGGGCACUCCUCCUGCUACCCCUACUCCUCCACCUCUUCCUAAAGGUACACCUCCCCCUACACCCACUAAUGGCUCUCCAGGUCUGCAAGGUCGUAACUGGGUGGUUGUUGAUGAGGCUAUAGAAGGAACAGAAGAUGAUCUGACAUUAGAAGAACUAGAAGAACAGCAGAGGCUGAUUUGGGCAGCUUUGGAAAAUACUGAAACAGCCACUAACAGUGACUGUGAGACACCUGCAUUGGGAACACCGGUGCCCAGUUCAUCAAGUGUGUCCACACCUGCGCAUGUGGACACAGAAACAGAAGGCGAGGAACAAAUGGACACAAUGAGUCCUGCUGAAACUUGUCACACGGGUGACAAUAAAAAGGAAGUGGAAGCUCAUGGGAGCUCCCAGAGCCCUGCACCGAUCAAAGUCGAGGACGACAGCCCCCAAAGCCCUGAACCAGACAAAGCCCAAGAGAACAGGCCUCAGAGUCCGGUUUCCGUCAAAUCUCAGAAUGAAACUUCACAAAGUUCUAGUCCACGGAAAGCACACAGUGACAGUCCACAAAGUCCUGGCCCAGUCAAAUCUCAUGAUGACGGUCCACAAAGUCCUGGUCCAGUCAAAUCUCAUGAUGACAGUCCACAAAGUCCUGGUCUAGUCAAAUCUCAUGAUGACAGUCCACAAAGUCCUGGUCUAGUCAAAUCUCAUGAUAACAGCCCACAACGUCCUGGUCCAGUCAAAUCACAAGAUGACGGCCCACAAAGUCCUGGUCCAGUCAAAUCACACGAUGACAGUCCACAGAGUCCUGAACCAGACCAAUCGCACGAUGAUGGUGCACAGAGGCCUAACAUAGUCAAACUCCAAGAGGUCAACCUGCAGAAUCCUCAUCCAGAUUUUUCUGAUGUGGAGGCUGGGGACUCUCCUAAUGUCAAGAUGAUAACAGCUGUUCCUCAUCGAAGCAAAUUUGCAGCUGGAAUUGUUCCAUUUGAAGAAACACCAGAAUUUACUGAAGUUGCUGAAGCUACUGGGACCUAUCUUAAAAUCAGAGACUUACUCAAAUGUUCCCCUCGAAGCCUGUCAAAGAAAAAAUAAACAUUAUGAUCUUAAUCUGGAAACACAGAUUUUUUUAACAGAAAGUUGUACUAUUUUCAUCUUCAUUCUACAAAACAUCUUUUUAUUAAAGGUUUAUUUCUUACAAAGUUUAUUGUAUGUCUGUAUAUAUAUAUAUUUGAUCUGUAAACAUGAUGGGGGACAUUAAGGGAUGCUUAACCUUUGACCAGUAGGUCUUGAUUUUUUGUAGCUGUAUUCUUACUUGAAUGUUUUUGUAAAGUUUUUUUUUUCUUGCAUGAAGUAAUUUUAUUUUUUAUAGUAAAGCGAAAUGCCAUUUACAGUAUGUCCCAUUUUAUCUUUCAUCAAAACAAAGAAUUCAGCUUGCUUGUA